UACAGUUAAACUAAUAAAGAUAACAGAUUUAUACGUCGGUUUAGGGGCUAUUUAAACAGAAGGAAUCCUCAGCAUGUACUCGACUAAAAGCGAAGGGCCGCGCAGAGGAAGAUCUUUUGAUUCCAUGAACAUUGGUUUGACAUUGGAAGAGAAACAACUUAAUAAUGAAAUGAACAAAUCUGCUUUUCCAAAAAUCGAAGAGAAUAAAGACAACAAAACCGAAUCUACAGAGAGGAGCCGGGCAGCUGUUGUGUUUUCUCUGAAAAAUGAAGUCGGUGGACUUGUAAAGGCUCUUAAACUUUUCCAGGAAAAACACGUCAAUCUUGUGCACAUCGAAUCCAGAAAAUCAAAAAGGCGCAACUCGGAGUUCGAGAUCUUCGUGGAUUGCGACAGCAACCGCGAGCAGCUGCACGAGAUCAUUCAGCUGCUGAGGAAACACGUGAACGUGCUUGAGAUGGACGCGCCCGAUAACCGUCUGCCGGAGGAAAGCGAGAUGGAGAACCUGCCGUGGUUUCCAAAGAAGAUUUCGGAUCUGGACAAAUGUGCGAACCGCGUGCUGAUGUAUGGAUCAGACCUCGAUGCUGAUCAUCCGGGCUUUAAGGACAACGUCUAUCGCAAAAGGAGAAAGUAUUUUGCAGACUUGGCCAUGAGCUACAAACACGGAGAUCCAAUUCCCCGCAUUGAAUUCACAGAAGAGGAGUUGAAAACAUGGGGUGUAGUGUUCAGGGAGCUGAAUAAACUCUACCCCACACAUGCCUGUCGGGAGUAUCUGAAGAACCUGCCCUUGCUCACCAAAUACUGCGAUUUUCGUGAAGACAACAUCCCACAGCUGGAGGAUGUCUCACGGUUUCUCAAAGAGCGGACUGGCUUCACCAUAAGACCUGUGGCUGGAUAUCUCUCCCCACGAGACUUUUUGGCAGGAUUGGCAUUCCGCGUGUUCCACUGCACUCAAUAUGUCCGACACAGCUCUGGCCCCCUCUACACACCCGAACCAGACACAUGUCAUGAGCUGUUUGGACACGUUCCUCUUUUGGCCGAGCCCAGCUUUGCCCAGUUCAGUCAGGAGAUCGGUCUGGCAUCCCUGGGGGCAUCCGAUGACUCUAUUCAGAAACUGGCCACUUGUUAUUUCUUCACCGUGGAGUUUGGCCUUUGUAAACAGGAUGGAAAGUUAAGAGCUUAUGGAGCCGGUCUGCUGUCCUCCAUCAGUGAGCUCAAGCAUGCUCUGUCAGGAAACACCAGAAUCUUGCCCUUUGACCCCAAUAUGACGUCCAAACAGGAGUGCAUCAUCACCACCUUUCAGGACGUGUACUUUGUUUCGGACACCUUUGAGGAAGCAAAAUACAAAAUGAGGGAGUUUGCAAAGACCAUUAAGCGGCCAUUCUCGGUACGUUACAAUCCAUACACACAGAGCGUGGACAUUCUGAAGGACACAACCAGCAUCAACAAUGUUGUGGAGGAGUUGAGACAUGAGCUAGACAUCAUUGGAGAUGCACUAAACAGGCUCAACAAACAGUUAGGAGUCUGAAGACUACAGCAUUGCUUGAUUCCCCACCAAACCUUUUCUCUCAUGUGUGUUAUGUAUCAAAUAUCCACUUGUUUUGUCACAGAAUUGUUUCAUUUUCACUCUGAAUUGAACCUACCAAACUGAUUUAAAUUCUCAUGCUAUUAUGUUGGUGUUGUAUUUAUAGUUUGGCUCUUAAAUGUGUGUUUCUUUAACACUUGUGCUAACUGCUUGCGGGUGGAGUUCUGUAUGUUAUGCAAGGCAAUGACACUUAAGGUAAAUUCAAGCUACGCAUGUGUAUAUUAGUCUGUUUUGUAAAAAUGAUGUCUUCUCAGACUGAUAUACUGCUGAGUUUGUUUCUAUUAGACAUGUCCAUUUCAGCACCUUAUGUUUAUUCAAAUAUAUUGUGUUUAGAAUAUCAUUGCUUUCUGUCUCCUUUGUGCACAAUAUUAUAAAACAGCUAUAGUUUUGUACCAUUGUGAGCCUAAUGCUAUGUAAUAUUAAGUACAUAUCUUUAUAUAUAUAAAGUUAUUUGUAAAUGGAUGUUGCUCUUCUGACGUAGAUGGACGUGGAGGUUAACCAGCAUUUAUUUAAACGUGUAAAUGUUGCAUUGGGCAUGGACAAAAAAAAUUACAAAGUAUGCUCAGGUUCUGUAGAAGAUACCGAUUCCACAGAUUCAGAAUGAAGCUUUAAGAUGUAGAGUCGUUUAUUACUAAUCAUAGAAUGUAUAUGCUUCAAAUAAAAUCAA